GACAACCUAUCAAUGAUAAACGUUUCUUUCACCUUAUAAAAUGACGGUGCAUAUGCAUUUUUUCCUCUUAAAAAAAUUGAUAGUGUAAUUGAAAUCUGGUCUCUUGAAUCUCCAAAACCUUCAACCUUGUUCUUCCCUUAGAUUAGGGGCACAUAUCACAUAUCAUUCCUUCCAAAUCUUCUCCUGAAAACAAAACCAUGAUGAGAAGGCGUUCCCUUGUGACUGCAUCACCAAAACAAGGGUCCGUCUUCUUUGUUGGCCACGACAACAACCCAACAAUUCAUCCUCACACUCACACCCUUCUGACUCCAUCACCAAAACAAGUCACAGAAAACCAUAAUCACUCCAAAACCUUCAAACCCAGUUCCAAUCACAACAGGGUCAACACCUUGCACACUGGUUCCACCGUACAACAUGUUGAAGCGGAUGAGGCCGUUGAACUGGAUGUGUUGUGGACGAAGAUGCAGGAAGAAGCCAAACUCGAUGUCACUGUGGAACCCUUUUUGUCUGAUUACUACAACACUUCCAUUCUCUCUCACAACUCACUGCAAACCGCGUUGGCCAAUCACCUUGCCAUGAAACUCAGCAACUCAAGCCUCCCAAGCAGCAUACUUUCUGAUCUUUUUGUGACGGUUUUGGAGACUGAUAAAUCCAUCAUGGAUGCUGUGAAGAGUGAUCUGAGAGUGGUGAAGGAGCUAGACCCUGCUUGCAUAAGCCACGUGCACUGCUUCUUGAACUUCAAAGGCUUUCUGGCGUGCCAGGCUCACAGGGUGGCUCACAAGCUAUGGCUUCAGGGAAGGAAGAUUCUUGCUGUGACGAUUCAGAACCGGGUUUCCCAGGUUUUCGCGGUGGAUGUUCAUCCGGGGGCUAGGAUUGGAAGUGGGAUUUUGCUGGAUCAUGCGACUGGUAUUGUGGUGGGAGAGACUGCUGUGAUAGGGAACAAUGUGCCAAUUCUGCAUGGUGUCACUUUGGGAGGGACUGGUAAGGUUUCUGGGGACAGGCACCCAAAGAUUGGUGAUGGGGUGCUGAUUGGUGCUGGAACUUGUAUCUUGGGGAAUAUUAAGGUUGGUGAUGGGGCCAAGAUUGGUGCUGGUUCUGUGGUUAUUAAGGAUGUUCCUCCAAGGACUACUGUUGUCGGGAACCCAGCAAAGCUGGUAGGAGGGAAGAACAGCUCUGUUAAGUUGGAUAAGAUUCCUAUCUUCACCAUGGACCAUACUUCACAUAUUGCUGACUUUUAUGAUUAUUGUGUUUAGACUUUAGAGUGUAGUGUAGUGUAAUGAAAUAAUCCUCAGCCAUGUAUGCUUCGCAGUUUUGUGUUUGGGAUUUUAGGUGAAGUGAUUUUGAUUUUUGAUUGGGGCUGUUUUUUUUUUACUAUUUGAGUGUGUACAAUAGCAGCAAUGAGAUUUGAACCUAGGACUUCAUGUAGACUACUCAAAUCUCUUAACCACUAGGCCAACUCUGGUGGCUACUGGGGCUAUACUUGUUUGUGAGUAAUAGAGAAUUCAUGUUAUCCUGCUAACAAUAAUAAAAGCGAAAAUAAUAGUAACAGCC